AUGUCCACUCCGGAGCAAAGUUCACCGAGGUCGCCCUUGCGAGCGGCACAGCGGCCGACUCGUGUGCUAGCCUGCGUCCUGUGUCAACAGCGCAAGGUCAAGUGUGACCGACAAUUUCCCUGUGCUACAUGUGUGCGAGCUCAAAUGCAGUGUGUGCCCGCAACACAAGCCCGUCGACGUCGCCGGGUCCCGGAGAGGGAGUUGCUGGACCGCAUUCGGAGAUACGAAGAUCUGCUGCGCCAGAAUAAUAUCCAAUUUCAGCCCUUGCACAAUUCUGUUGCGGAACAGGCCUCGUCCAGUAGAGAAAAUAGAAGUUUCGAUACAGAUCACGAUGAGAAAUCAGAGCGAGAUUCGCAGCAAGAGGAGACCCCGGGGACAGAGACAAAAUAUGAGGCCAAUACCGAGCAUGAUAAAGCUCGCUUUGGCCCCCGUGAGGCCGUCUUCAGAAAGACCUGGGAAGAGCAUUACGAUGGUGGCAGUCAAACCCUUCUGUUUGGUGCACGCAAGUUUGAUGUUAAUGUGUCAACGUUGCACCCAAGUCAAGUUGAGAUCUUCCGACUCUGGCAAAUCUAUCUGGACAAUGUCAAUCCGCUGCUCAAAGUCACACAUACUCCUACAUUGCAAGCACGGAUCAUUGAUGCGGCCGCGGACGUGGGUAACAUACCGCCGACCCUGGAAGCACUCAUGUUUAGCAUCUAUUGCCUCGCCAUUCUCAGUCUGUCAGAAGAGGAAUGCCGGACCCUGUUCCAAUCAUCGCGAGAUGACCUUCUGAACGGCUACCAAUUUGCCUGUCAACAAGCCCUCCUGAACUGCGAGGUGCUACGGACAAGUGACCGUGACUGCUUGGCGGCCUUGUACCUUUACCUAAUCUCUGUUAGACCUCAAACAGAUCCUCGCUCUCUGUCGCCAAUCCUGAGCGUCGCCAUCCGUAUCGCACUGCGCAUGGGUAUCCAUUCCGAGUCCAGCUACAGCAGAUGUACUAUUCUAGAAGGUGAAAUGCGCCGCCGACUGUGGUGGUCGCUCGUCCUGUUCGAUAAUCGGAUUUGCGAGAUGGCUGACUACAAGGCCUCAAAUCUGCUUCCCACCUGGGACUGUAAGAUUCCUCUCAACGUGAACGAUUUUGACCUCCAACCAGAGAUGAAGACCGGGCCGACCAUGCACGGCAAUCCCUCCGAGGCCCUGUUCGCCGUCGUGCGCAGCGAGGUGGGCAAUUUCACGCGCCGCAGCUCGUUUCAUCUGGACUUUACCAACCCGGCAUUGAAGACUGUGGCCAAGGAAAAUCCUCUUCCUGCGGCCGGGAGUCUGCCUGCUUUUGAAAGGAUGAUUGAAGAGAAAUAUUUUGCCUCCUGCAACCCAGAGAACCCUCUUCAUUUUAUGACCAUCUGGACCACACGGGGUCAACUGGCGAAGAAUCGUCUGCUCGAUCAUUAUGCCAAGUAUUCAUCGGUGCCGCAGACAGAGACGCAGCGCGACGCGGUGGUCUCCCACGCACUGCGCAUGCUCGAGUGCGAUACCAAGCUGAUGAACUCGCCUCUCACAAAAGGCUAUCAGUGGUUCCUUCUUCUGCUCUUCCCGCUCCCUGCGUACAUUCACCUUGCCCAUGACCUGAGAAGGCGACCUACGGCAGGACACGCGGAAAGAAGUUGGGCAGCUUUGAACGAUAACUACGCCGCUCGCUUGGGAGCCAUGAAGACAAUGAACCCCUUUUUUGAGCACCUAGCACGGAUGCUUCUACAGGCUUGGAAAGCACGGGAGACGGCACUCAAGGACCAGGACCAGCCGCUGGAGCCACCAUACAUUGUGUCGGACGUGAGAUCCAAAUUGGGUCAGGGGCCAAGCAGACAGGCAGGGAAUACGGAGCACUCUACCAGUGAAUCGACGGCAAAUAUGAACGACAGUUCUAUGUCCACCUUUGUAGACAUUGGUGGUUAUGGGGCCCCGCAUGGGUUGGAGGGACCAGGCUUUUUCGAUACGGGCUCUCCGAACACUCAUCCUCCCAUGGAUCUUGACUUGGACCAGCCCUUUUGGACCUCCGUCGGCUGGUAUUCGCUACAAGGGCGAGGCUGGUAG